AUGGAUCUGGACGCUGGAGACUCCCCGUGGGGCGAUGUGCCCUCGCAGUCAAGUCAUGGUACACAGAGGCCGGAAACUGAAGACGCUGCCCCAGAAAGAUCAACACAACCAGCCAGCCCAAGCGCUAUCCGUUCACCUGUUCGACGAAACCCGCGAGGUGCUCGCAAAAUCAGCGCGCAGGCGACCAAGCUGGAAGCUGUGGGUGACGCCGUAGAUCCGCUUGGACCGCUCGGAGACAAGCCCGACGAAAGUCUCGCCCCAGUCAACGAGCAAGCACCAACACCACCCCAGAAGGAACCUUUUGCAGGUCGCGGUGCUCGUCCGACGUCGUCUACAUCGCAAAGAUCUAGUACUGGUGGGCUGGGAGACUCGGUACACCUGGAAGAGGAUGGUGCGGGGUUCAGGGGACCGCCACCCGUACAGCCCCCGACAGACGCGGACGAGACGAAGAGACAAUUUCAGCCCAGUAUCAGCAUUGAAGAGGCUGCAAAGCCGACAUUUCAAAUCACAGUGGGUGAUCCGCACAAGGUCGGAGAUCUGACAAGUAGUCACAUCGUGUACCAAACAACGUCGAAGGCGUACCGACAACCAGAAUUUACCGUCAGCCGCAGAUACCGUGAUUUCUUAUGGCUCUACAAUUCCAUGCACAAUAACAAUCCCGGUGUUGUUGUGCCUCCGCCGCCUGAAAAGCAAGCUGUUGGCCGUUUUGAUACGAACUUCGUUGAAUCUAGAAGAGCUGCACUUGAGCGCAUGCUCAACAAGAUUGCGACACACCCUAUCCUGCAGCAUGACGCGGAUCUGAAGAUAUUCCUGGAAAGUGAAUCGUUUAAUAUGGAUGUCAAGAACAAGGAGAACAGGGAACCGGAUCUAGGUCAGAACAAGGGAAUGUUCAGCUCCUUUGGAAUCAGCGUAGGUGGAGGUGGAAAGUUCGUAGAACACGAUGAUUGGUUUCAUGAUAGGAAAAUCUACAUGGACGCGCUGGAGAAUCAGCUCAAAGCUUUGCUGAAGGCGAUUGACGUCGUGGUCGCGCAACGUAAGGGAUUGGCAGAAGCGGCUGGCGAUUUUUCGUCUUCACUUCAUGCCUUGGCGGCUGUCGAGUUGUCCCCGGCCCUUUCCAGUCCAUUGGACGGACUGUCGGAUUUGCAGUUGCGCAUCAAGGAACUUUAUGAGCGCCAAGCACAGCAGGAUGUUCUGACACUAGGAAUCACCAUCGAUGAAUACCUUCGCAUCAUUGGAAGCGUCAAGACAGCUUUCUCUCAGCGACAAAAAGCCUUCCAUAGCUGGCAUGCGGCAGAGUCUGAGCUGCAGAAACGGAAGAAUACCCAGGAGAAGCUACUCAGACAAGGAAAGACGCAGCAGGAUCGCCUCAAUCAAGCCAACGCCGAUGUUGUUAUUCGACGAUAUGGGCCGUUUGAUGCGUAA